AUGUCACUGAUCACACCGCAAGUCAUGUUCGUGUUCCUCUGUUGUAUCGCUCACGGUCUCAUCCAGUUUACCGCACUCAGUCCGCGACCAGAGCCCCCUCCCCACGAGACGGAUCCGAAAUAUGGACCCAAGUUUGGCGGGAACGCCAUGGAGUCUCCGAUGGAGUUGAAAGGCAUGUUGAGAUCCAAGGGAUUGGACUCGAGAUCACAUCGAAAUGAUUCACCCACUGGAAAACUGGGGCGAGGCGUUAGAGCCCUCGAUUUACCGAUGAAGGCCAGGCAAACUUGA